AUAUCCUCACAUGUCCCAUUUCGUAAUCGGACAUGCAAGUCGAAAAAAAUGGCAUCACAAAUUGACGAUGCAGUCACCGCUCCCACUCUCCUCAGUGACUUGUCUCCUCGAGAUGAGGAACCGCAAGUCUCGUCAACCGAAUCAAGCGAUCUCCGUCCCAUUACCAAACAGCGCCAGCUUCAUGUUCUAAUAUCGGCUUUCCUGACAAUUUGCAUUACAAUUGGCAUAAGCCAAUCUUACGGCGUCUUCCAAUCCUACUACAUCUCUCCAACUCAGAUUUUUCUCCCGCCAAACACCCAGUCAAACAGUGCAUUUGUAGCCUUCGUAGGCACUCUAGGCUAUGGCUUGACUUGGGCAGGCAGUAUUGUAGUCAAUCCAAUACUUGCUCGUCUUGAUCCUUUUGGCACAAGAUUAUUAUGCAUCUCAGGCGUCUUACUCAUGAGUCUUGGCUUUGGACUAGCGAGUCUAAGUACGCAAGUUUGGCAUCUGCUUUUGACCCAGGGCUUCCUUUAUGGGAUCGGGUCUUCGAUGCUCUAUUUUCCGAUCCUGUCCUCGGCGCCAGAGUACUUUGAUGCUCAUCGUGGUUCGGCCAUGGGUUUCAUUCUAUCCGGAUCCGGGAUUGGCGGCCUAGUCUUCGCACCCGCCAUCAAAGCCCUCCUCUCAGCCCUCGGCCCCCGCUGGACCCUCCGCGCCCUCUCCCUCAUAAUCCUCACCAUCUCCCUCCCCAUCGCCCUGACCGCCUCUCCCUCCCGCUUCGUCGGCCGUCGCCCAACACACAUCAACACCAAACUGGCCCUCAAACCCGCGUUCCUGCUCAGCGUCGGCGCCGGCUUCCUCCAGGCCGGCGGAAACGGGUUACCGCUAACUUUCAUCUCCGAGUACUCUAUCGCUUUGGGAUAUACAGCCGGAUUCGGCGCCACGCUGCUGGCGGUCAUGAGCGGGACGAACUCGGUGAGCCGCGUGAUGACCGGCUGGGCGGGCGAUCGGUGGGGGAGGCAGAAUGUACUUAUUGUUACGGUAUGUAUGUGCGUCAUUGUCGUGCUGGGAUUCUGGCUUGGGAGGGGGUACAAUUCGUUGUUUCCGACGACAAUCGCGGAGGUUUUUGGGUUACAGGCUUAUGCUAGUGUUAAUGGGUUUAUUUACUUUGUGAGAGGUUUGGGGACCAUGUUUGGGAGUCCGGUGGGAGGAAAAAUACUUGGGGAGAGUAGGUUGGGGAAUUAUCGGAAUGUGGUGGUGUUUGAUGCGGUGCUUUUGGGAGGAGCUAUGCUGUGCGUUAUUGGAGUGCGGUUUUUGGACGCAAAGGAGAAGAGAGUUUGGAAGUGGAAAGCGUGAGACGAAGCUUAAGAUAGUUGUGGGAUAUCAUCAGCUUAGAAAGUUUAUUUGGGACGGAUGUACAGUCCAGAUUCUUCAACAAUCUACAUUCCUCAUCAAGCCGCUCACUACAUUCCGAGACAUGAAGAUUGCG